UUCUAUUUCUCCUUUAUCAUCAAGUGAUUUUGCUUUAAGUUCUUUCUAUCCCCAUUUCGUUCUCACUUUUUACCAGUAUCUAUUGCUUUCACGUGAAUUUGAUUGUCUUCUCGUGAGAUCUGGUAGCUGUUACCAUCCUCUAGUUCAAAGACGUGUGGAGCUGAAUGCUACCAGUGACCUCACAAGAUGAACUCCAAGGAAGAGCAGUUGGAUGCGCCGUCCGAUAAAGCUACAGGUAUCACAGACCCGGCGCGCGUGGAGGUUGCGCCGUUGGAGAAUCUUGAAAAAGGCCGCUGGGAGCGCAGCUGGCCCACGAUCGCCUGUGGUGCUGGCCUAUUCUCCGAUGGGUAUUUGAACGGUGUAAUCGGACCCGUCAAUACCAUCCUCGGCACGCUAUACAAAGAUGCUUACAACGGAUCCCCAGCCAGCCAGAACGUCUCGGCCAUCACGUUCGCGGGGACGGUCCUCGGACAGCUGGUCUUCGGAUACUUGAGUGAUCACUGGUCGCGGAAAUGGUCCUUGAUGAUCUCCACCAUUAUCUUGUUCAUCUUUGCUGCCUUGUCGGCAGGCUCCUACGGCUACCACGGGAGUCAGUAUGGCAUGUUUGCUGCCCUGACCGCAUAUCGCUUUUGUCUGGGGAUUGGCAUUGGAGGCGAGUAUCCCGCAGGAUCGGUUGCGGCGGCGGAGAACACUGGGGAGCUCAAGAAGGGACAUCGCAACCGCUGGUUUAUCAUGUUCACCAAUUUUCAGAUCGACCUCGCCUACGUGGUGUCCGCUUUGGUUCCUAUGAUCUUGGUUCUGAUCUUCACCGAGGAUCAUCUGCGCGCGGUUUGGCGUGUUGCGCUGGGGUUGGGUGUCAUUCCUCCCCUUAGCUUGCUCUAUCUGCGAUUGAAGCUGAGUGAGCCGGAGGAAUUCAAGAGAGAACGCAUGCACAAAUUUCCUGUCUGGCUGAUUGUCAAAUUCUAUUGGAAGCGCCUGACCGUCGUAUCGCUCAUCUGGUUCAUCUACGACUUCUCCACCUAUUCAUUCAACAUCUACUCGUCCAAGUGGAUCGCAAUCAUCCUGGGCGAUGACUAUCCCCUGUGGAAGAGCUUCGGAUGGACCACCGUGACCAACGCAUUCUACAUCCCCGGCUCCAUUCUAGGUGCCUUUGCAAGUGACUGGAUCGGCCCGCGCAACACCCUAGCCCUUGGAGUCGGUCUCCAAGGCGUGGUGGGGUUCAUCAUGUCGGGAUGCUAUGAGUGGCUCGCAACAGCGAAAAACGUAGCCGCCUUCGUGGUGGUGUUUGGUAUCUUCUCCGGCCUGGGUGAAUUCGGCCCCGGCGACAACAUCGGCCUCUGCGCGGCAAAGAGCAGCGCGACUGCGAUCCGCGGGCAAUACUACGCGAUUGCAGCGGCCGCGGGGAAGAUUGGAGCCUUUGUGGGCACGUAUGUGAUCCCCAUUGCGCAGAAGAAUGCGCCCAAUCCGACGCGCGCGGGCCAGGACCCGUUCUUCAUCUCCAGCUCGCUGUGUAUUUUCAGCGCGGUGCUAGCGUAUUUCCUUUUGCCUCAGAUUGGACAGGAUACGAUCACCGACGAGGACACCAAAUUCCGCGAAUUUUUGGAGCGCAAUGGAUACGACACGGCGACGUUGGGCACGGCGCAGCAAUAGCCCCGUGCGAUAAAUUGUAGAGCAUCCAUGGAAUGCUGUGUCGGACUGAUCGAUAGUUAUCACUUGGAUAUGAUAACUCUGGAGACUUUUGAAUAAUCUAAUAUGUAUGCAGAUAAUUGAGCAAUCAUAAUCAUC